AUAAAAUCUGCCCCAGAUAUUCCAUUCACUUCCCAUGCACGACAAUUUAGUCAGCUGGGUGUUUAUACUUAUUGACUUAUUUAAAUUAUAUUUUACAACAUGAAAACGUUGACCAAAGUCCUUCUGGCAAGUGUUACUGUGGCUCUGAUCGCCAUCAAGUGGAACGCGCCCACGUUCAAUGCAGAAUCUCUCCGAGGUGCCAGGGUCUUGGUGACCGGGGCGAGCACUGGUAUUGGCGAACAAAUGGCCUAUCACUACGCCAGUUUCGGCGCCCAGAUCGUCAUUACCGCAAGGAGGGAAAACGUCCUACAGCAGGUGGCGGAAAAGUGUCUGAGCAUGGGAGCGCAGAAGGCCCUGUACAUAUCAGCGGACAUGAGCAGUGACACUGACCCGGUGAGAGUGGUCGAUUUUGCUCUGGACCGUCUCGGAGGUCUGGACCACCUGGUUCUCAACCACAUUGGCUCAAGCCCCUUCAGCACGUGGGAGGGGGAUGUGGAGCACCUCAGGUGGCUGAUGAAGGUCAACUUCUUCAGUUACGCUCAGAUGGCCUGGAAAGCUCUCCCCUCCCUCGAGCAAAGCAAAGGCUCACUCAUCGUUGUUUCGUCGCUUUUAGGUAAAAUUACAAUUCCCUUUGUGGCUCCUUACGUGUCAACCAAGUUCGCCUUGAACGGUUUCUUUGGGACUCUUGUUCACGAGCUGGCCAUGAAGAGCAGCAACGUAUCGAUCUCCACCUGCACGCUGGGCCUCAUUGACACAGACUCAGCCAUGGAGAAAGUCAAGGACGUCAGUCACGUAUCCGCCUACCCAGCCAGUGAAGCGGCGUUGAACAUCAUCAAGACAGGAGCCACCAGACAGCGGGAGCUUUUCUACCCUUGGUUCACCUACAUCGUGACUCUUUUUAGAGAUUUCUUUCCCGGGGCCAGGGACUACCUGAUACAGAUGUCCUUCAACUAACUAAAAGUCAUGAACAAAUAUUUACAUCUGCCAUUACUUCCAGUGAUAUUUUAAGAUGCAUUCUUAUGCUUUACUGUUUUAAUGUCAUGUAUUCAACAUUCCGUGCUACUGUACAAAAAUAAAAACGAGCUGGCUUCUCUUGUUCCACAUUCAGCUCACAUCAAAA